AUGGAGCGUCUUUUCUCGACCGCGCUGCCGUCUGGAGGAGAUGCGACUGUCGAUGCGGCAGAUGUUGCUGAGCGAUUGCAGGAUCAGAAGAACAGGCCGCCGUUUUCGGUGCCUGUUAUGGCACGCAAUUUCACUCGUCUUAAUGCUCGGAUCGGGAUCGUGUUCAGGCUUCAGUAUCAGGCUUUACGAGUUUUCACCUGGCGCACUCCUACACAUACGUUCUCCUUUCUCGCAGUCUACUCAUACAUUUGCCUCUAUCCGUUUCUACUUGUUGUGGUCCCGCUUGCGAUCAUACUGAUCGCAGUCAUGGUGCCAGCCUACACCCGCCGCCAUCCUCCUCCACCAUCACCGCUACCGGCAUUUCCGGUUCCUGCCGGCGGUCCACCACUCGCUGAAGCCGCGGAGAUCAAACCCGUACCGGAGCUCUCGCGAGACUUUUUGAUGAACAUGCGCGACAUUCAGAAUGCUAUGGACGAUUUCACUCGUGCUUAUGACAAGAUCGUGCUGGCUCUGUCGCGACCGACGAAUUUCAAGGACGAGGCGUACUCAUCGGCCGUGUAUCUGCUGCUGAUGACCACGGGUGUGGUGGUAUUUAUGGGAGCUCCCUAUGUUCCAUGGAGAUUUGUAUUUCUGGUCGCUGGCUGGGCGGCCGUGUCAGCCGGCCAUCCGCGCGCGAGACGGACGAUGAAGAUGUCGCAUGAAAAGUAUCUUUCGGCGCGUGAGAAGGAGCUGUCGAGUGUGUUUGAUAUACUUGUCGAGAAGCAGAUUGUGAUUGAUGAGCCACCAGAGAUCAGACAGGUUGAGAUCUUUGAGCUGCAACGUCAACACAACAUUGAUGUUGACGAGUGGGACGAUUGGCUGUUCAGUGCGAGUCCGUAUGAGUCGGCGAGUUCGCGCAGAAUCUCAAAGCAGCGGCCUGAAGGUGUAAGGUUUCUGGACGAGGUGCAGCCGCCAGAGGGAUGGAGAUUUGUGCAUGAUUCGGCCUGGAAGCUCGAUCUGCGGCCGUCAGUCUGGGUCUCGCAGAGGAAUGUGGUCGGGACCGAAGUGGAUGAAGGUUCUAAGUGGGUCUACGAUCUCACCCAAGAUGGCAGACAUGGAGAAUGGCGCCGGCGACGCUGGCUACGCGCGUGUGAGCGGCAGCCAAUUGAUCCCGUAAGUCAGUAG